GCGAGCCCCUACGAACUGCCUUUGUAUCCGUUGUUGCUCACUUCAACAGUAACGUUAACGACAAAAGGAUUUAAACAAGACUGACCUCGGAUCUGUUCUCAGUGGGGGAUAACCUUCUCCCACUCUAAAGGUAAAAGAACCGUGUUUGACUGUGUGGUCAUAAGUAUAUCGACACUGGGCACUCCAAGGAAACUCACAAAUGUAACUGGGUGCUCCCAUGUGAUGUGUAGCCUAAGUCUUGGUCUCUGUUAUGCCAUAAUCUCUGGCCAAUCCUUCUUUACGCCCUCCCAGUCUAUGAGGGCAGCAGUGUGUUGUACCCUCAGUAACAGAUUCCUAAGAUGUUGGGGACAUUCUUUCUGCUCUGUAUCGGAUCCUGUCUCCUGCUGCUGGUUGUGCUGAGGCCUCGGAGGCCCAGGAACUUCCCGCCGGGACCACCGCCCGUCCCCAUAUUUGGGAAUGUUCUGCAGCUGAGCAUGAAGAAUCCUAUGGCUGGCUUGGAUAAGCUGUCCGGAGAGUAUGGUGAGGUGUACAGCCUGUUCCUGGGCUGGAGGCCUGCCGUGGUGCUCCAUGGUCUACAGGCGGUACGGGAGGCACUGGUGACUAAAUCCGUGGACUUCGCUGGACGACCACAGGGCAUGAUGGUCAACCACGUUACAGAGGACAAAGGUCUGAUCAUGGGUAACUACGGGGCGGUGUGGAAGGAGCACCGGCGCUUUGCUCUGACCACCAUGAAGAACUUUGUUCUGGGGAAGAGAUCCAUGGAGGAGAGGAUCCUGGAGGAGGCGGAUCACGUCUGCACUCGGCUGGGAGAGAAUGCAGGUAAAUCCUUGGACCCUGUGACUCUGGUCCACAGUGCUGCGUCCAACAUCAUCUGCUCGGUUCUGUUUGGUCAUCGCUAUGACUACCAGGACCCGGUCCUCUCCUUCGUCAUCAACAGCUUCAAGGAGAAUGCUCAGAUUGCUAACGGGCCCUGGGCUGCUGUCUAUGACAGCUUCCCGCUGCUGCGGCGGCUGCCCCUCCCCUUCCAGAGAGUGUUUGACAACUACAGAGCUCUGAAGAAACACACCGCGGAACUAGUGGAGCAGCACAAACGCACACGUGCACCGGGGGAGCCGCGAGAUGUCGUAGACUGCUAUCUGGAUGAGAUGGACAAGAGAGGUCCAGAGGGGUGUGUGCUGGAAGAGGGGAGGUUGGUGAUGUUACUACUGGACCUCCAUUUUGCUGGGACUGACACUAGCUCCAAUUCCAUACUCACGGCGCUGCUCUACCUAGCUACACACACACACAUACAGGACUCCAUCCCUCACUCCCCAGCCCAAUGUCAGACAGAGAUUGACAGUGUUCUGGGGGGGAAGGAGAGAGUGUCGUUUGAGGACAGACACAGGAUGCCCUAUGUGAUGGCCACUAUCCAUGAGACCCAGCGUCUAGCCAACAUCGCACCGCUAGGGGUGUUUCAUGCUACCAUCAGACCCACCAAGCUCAUGGGCUAUGACAUACCAGAGGGGACUCUGGUUAUCACCAACCUCACCUCUGUGCUCUUCGAGAGCAGCCAAUGGGAGCGUCCAAAUGACUUUAACCCUGCCCACUUCCUGAAUGAUGACGGACAGUUUGUGAAACCAGAAGCCUUUCUGGUGUUCUCGGCAGGUCCUCGUGUGUGUCUCGGGGAGCUGCUGGCACGUAUGGAACUCUUCCUCAUCCUGGUCACUCUGCUGCAGCGAUUCCACUUCCUGUGGCCAGAGGAUGCUGGGAACCCUGACUUUUCACCUGUGUUUGGGGGUAUCCAGUCACCCAAACCAUACAGGGUAUCAGUCAGACUGAGAGGAAACCAGGGUGCCUGAUGGAACCAGUUGGAGCCAGUGUUACUUUUAAAUAUGUCCCCACAUCAUUAUGGAGUAUGGAGGGGCUCCCGAGUUGCGCAGCAGUCUAAGGCACUGCAUCUCAGUGCUAGAGGUGUCACUUCUGACCCUGGUUCGAUUACAGGCUGUAUCACAACCGGCCAUGAUUGGGAGUCCCAUAGGGCGGCGCACAAUUGGCCCAGUGUCGUCCGGGUUAGGUUUAAAAAUGUAAAGCAUUGUGAUAUUUAUUAUUGUGUUUGGCAGCUGUUCCAUCAUAAAAUCGGUUUGGUUCA